GCUCCUUUGGCACGGGGACUCACGUGAAACUGCCAGGACCGGCCCCGGACAAGCCAAAUGUUUAUGACUUCAAAACAACAUAUGAUCAGAUGUACAAUGAUCUGCUUAGGAAAGACAAAGAACUGUAUCCCUGUUGGCGUGGCCUCUUUAAAAAAUCCAGUGUGGUUCAUCCUUGAAAGGUGUAAUUCAUUACUUGGCAUUGUGCAUUAGGAACAGAGAGUUGCUUGACUGGCGAACUUAAAAUGAUUGCAGUUUAUAGGUUUUUUGUUUUUUUUUUUACAGUGGGCCUCUAAUGCUCCCUUGUAAAUUGCUGAGUUACAAUGCACACACCCCAAAUGCUCUUUUGUAGUGUGUUAACAUGUUUAGCUCUUGAAUGAAAGCACAUCAGUACUCACAGAUUGUCCAUUGCCUGCUCUGCACUGUGGAUCACAGGCUCUCAGUGCAAAGACUGUCCUGAUAAUGGAUCUGGGAAGAGCGACCACCUCGACAUUAAUGUUGUAUUUAGCUCAGACAAACUGCCAGGUACUUAACUCAAGCGACUUCAGAUACACACAGAAUGGGAUUUUACACAUGUUGGACAGAAAUAAGAGAAUCAAGCCACGACCAGAGAGAUUCCAGAACUGCAAAGAUGUUUUUGAUCUGAUCCUAACGUGUGAAGAAAGAGUCUAUGAUCAAGUAGUAGAAGAUUUAAAUUCCAGAGAGCAGGAGACGUGUCAGCCAGUCCAUGUGAUCAAUGUGGACAUUCAGGAUAACCACGAGGAGGCCACUCUGGGUGCUUUCCUUAUCUGUGAGCUCUGCCAGUGUAUACAGCACACAGAAGACAUGGAAAAUGAAAUAGAUGAGCUGUUACAGGAAUUUGAAGAGAAAAGUGGAAGGACUUUUCUUCAUACUGUCUGCUUUUAUUAAAGCACAUCUGUCUCUUAGGCCUUAAUACAGAUGAGGGAAGCAUGUGUUUAAAUUUCUGAUUAUACUGUAUUUUCCUGGAAAAUGAAUAUUGAUCUUUUUUUGUUUGUUUGUUUGUUCGUUUGUUUGUUUAAAAACUCCUUUUCAGUGUCUUUUUGUUUCAGGUGUUCUGUCACAGGUAGGCAGAGGUACUGG